CCUAAUGUCAAAACCACCACAUUCCAAAUUACCAUUUUUUCCUCAUAACAACAACUCUUUCUCUCACAAACACAAACAUAUACAUACAUCAAUAGACAAAGACAUCAGAAAGGUUCAUGGAAUAUAACAUGAUCAACAGUUGUAUUGACAUGAGUGGUGGUGAAGAAGAUGAUAACAUCAACAUGACGACGGAUGAUCUUCGAAGAGGUCCUUGGACUGUUGAAGAGGAUUUUGCUCUCAUCAACUACAUCGCCCAUCAUGGUGAAGGACGAUGGAAUUCUCUUGCCCGUUGCGCGGGACUCAAGAGAACCGGAAAGAGCUGCAGAUUACGGUGGCUAAACUAUCUCCGUCCUGAUGUCCGUCGUGGAAAUAUUACUCUAGAAGAACAGCUCUUGAUUCUUGAACUUCAUUCGCGCUGGGGCAAUCGAUGGUCAAAAAUAGCACAACACUUACCCGGAAGAACCGAUAACGAGAUCAAGAACUACUGGAGAACAAGAGUUCAAAAACAUGCUAAACAAUUAAAAUGUGAUGUAAACAGCAAGCAGUUUAAGGACACCAUGCGUUAUCUUUGGAUGCCGCGGUUAGCGGAGCGGAUUAAGGCGGCUUCCACCACCACAACCGCCACCGUCACCGGAGAUUCCUCCACCAUAACAACCACCACCACCACCUCCUACCCACUCAACCAAAGCAACAUGGAUAAUAUUCAUAUUAACAAUAACACAAGCCAGUCACUAAUGACCAACACUUAUGAUGGUUAUGGUAACAACCUAGUUAACCCUAGCUAUACACAAGAUAGUUCAAGCACCACAUCGGUUUCACCUGUGUCUGACUUGACUGAUGGUUAUUAUCCGAUCUCUCAGAGCCAAAAUCAAGAUUUCUUUCAAAGUAACAACCCAAUUAGCGACGGUUUCUAUGGCCCUUUAAUCAGCCCCUCGGGUUGCUUCAACCGAGAGAUGGAGUUCGCAACAAUGGAGGAAAACAACCAGUGGUCCGGCAUCAAUGGUGGUGGUGACUUUUCCGACAGUUUGUGGAAUGUUGAGGACAUUUUAUUUCUUGACCAACAAUUCAACAAUAUGUGACGAAAUAACACAACUAUUUGAUAAAGUUUAGGCACACAUUAGUGUAGAAACUUUAAUUAUUUGCAAAGAAAAAUGAUAUAUAUUUAUUGAUUUGAAAAUAAGAGAAAAUGGCAUUUUUUUUCUUCUUAUUUUUCUUGUGAGUGG